GAAGACUGUUCUGGUGUAUUUGACAUUUGUUAGGGUGUCUGGAGGAAAAGCAGUAACCUAUUGCUGCAGCUAAAGAUACCAGAUAUAUCGGAUGCACAAUGUCUCGUCAGUCACCAGAGGGUUUCACGAAACCGGAACAGCCAGGACAAGCAUCAUUGGGUCCCAUUGGAAUUGACUACAUCCCCACAGAGGAGGAGAAGAGGGUGUUCAGAGAGUGCAAUCAGGAAAGCUUCUGGUACAGAUCUGUCCCUAUAUCUGUCAUUGGCAUGGCUCUCACUCAGUUUCUUAUAUCUAGAGGUGCACUUACAGCCUCUGGUAGAUUCGGCUCUCUGCCCAAAGUAGGCUUUGCUGGUGUCUGUGGGUACCUCGGAGGGAAGAUGUCAUAUAUGAAGACGUGUCAGGAGAAGUUUAAGAGCCUGGAGAAUUCUCCAUUGGGGGAGGUGCUGAGAGAGAGACAGCGCCACCAACCACCAAUGUUUACCCACGAGAAGUCUGAGUUGAGUGAUCCAAAUAAAGCUGAUUUUGAGCCGGCCUUUCAGCUUGAUGAUCAGAAAGCUCAAUCAUUCUCUUUAACCAGAGAUUUCACUUACGGUGACCCCAUAGCCUCACCAUCCCAGUAUGACACCCAGCUUCUAGCAGAACCAUCUUACAUUGAGGAGGACGCACAGAAGAAGCCCUUGCUGUACGAAGAACCGCAGAGUAAGAACGGGGAAAACUAUGAAGUCACAAAGACUCCAAAAGCAGACACACAGCUGAAGCCGCAAACUGUGAUCGCCCCAACAAAUAGAGGGAAGAAGAAUAUAUAUGGAGACACAUGGGAGGAGUGAGAGGUACCCUGAUAAACUGCCCUUGUCUAGAAUCACUGACUGCACUUUCAUCUGUCUAAAAAUGUUCUGUUUGUGCUGUUGAAACUGAUGUUUUUAAAAAUACAGAUAACUGUGUGUCUGAGAGACAUCCUGUCAUUGACAUAAGGAUCAUGAGUUAAAGAUGCAACUGUUGUUUAAGUUUGAUUUACAAAAAUAUUGAAUUCACCUGUUCAACUGUAUGGUUAAACAAAGUGGAUGUUGAGAUUUUAAAAACAUGCAUUAGUUCACUAAUUGUGCAUUGAAUCUAAUCUGACUAUUAAAGACUUUACUUUGGCUAAAUUACCUAAGAAUGACAUGCCAUAAAAGUCAAGUUGUGCAUAUUUUAUUUCUGUACACACAUUGUACAUAGAUACACAGAAAUAAUGUUUGAAAAAUAAAGAUGAUGUCCCCGGGAUUUGGGGUGACAUCAAACAAGAAAUAGAAGGGCUUCGUAAUUUCAGUGAUAGAAGCACGCACACUUCGUACUUUGUGUUUUUAAGAUCUAAUAGGACCAAAUGUCUUAAGAGUAACGGGACAUUACUGAGUUAUAAACCAACAUUUGGAUACAUUUACACAAGUAUAGUUCACUAAGAGAAAAGGCCUGCAUAGGCAACACAGACUUGCUCAGCCUAAACAGUCUUCACAAAAAAUAUUCUUAACUAGGAUUAUACCCAGGAUUAAAACACAGAUGGAAAAAAAAAAA